UUUAUCAAAAAGAGACAUAGGCAUGUCAUCAGCACAUUGUGCUGAGGAAUCCAGUUCAAGAUGUGAACUUGCGAAAAACUAUGCUCAGCCUUCUGACCAAAAAACACUGAAGGUUCGAAUCAAAGUGGGUUUUGAUAAUUUGUCGACGCAAAAAAAUGCUGAAAUCUACACUGGUCUUGGCCUUGAUAUCUCGCCCUCUUCCUCGUUGAAUGAAAGCCCCACCAACAGUGAAGGGUUUUCACACGAACCUUUCGAUGCCCCAGAAGAAUCCCCAACUAGUAUUCUUCAGAUUAUGAAAUCAUUUCCAGUGCAUGGCAAUCUAUUGUUAUACCCUCUUCCGGAUGAUCUGAUUUACAUGAUUGAAAAGGAAAAGCUUAAAGGAGACAUUAAACCUAGACGUGUGAUCAAGAGUAACCAAGAAAGUUCAAAUGGAUCUGAUUCUGCUAGGGGCAAUGACAAAGUUUUAGGAGGCAAGAAACUUAAGUCAUUUGAGAGAAAUGCCUUUUCAGUGGAAUUGAAGAAUCACAUUGAUAAGGGCACUCAAAACGGCAUUGGUGUUCCAUUGAAGAAAGAAACAAACAUUGACACUUUGGCUUGUGACGAACUUGUUGCUAAUACUCUGAAGCUUCCAUUUCUAUCUAAUUCAUAUUCUGAUGUUGCCAACCGUGACAAGGGUACUGCAAGAGCGGCUAAUAACUCUAUGGUAGCUAAUAAGGUGAAGGAAUAA